AUGUCUUUCAAUACCGAUAUUUCGUCCAAAUUGGAAAGCAGCAGAAAUACUCUAAGAAAAAUUGCCCGCAAUGACAAUACUGAGUUCUCCAAGCAGAGUAUUUUGAAUGAUAUGGAAAAGUUUGUGAAAAUGGUAAACACUAUGGAUGAGACUGUGCUGGUGCCCAGUCGUCUUAUGAAUCUGCCGCAAGAGGGUGAUGACGAUCCUUUCAGUCUAUUCGCUAUGUUAAAUGACUUAAAGACUGAGUUGCUGUGGGCUGGGGAUGUUGAGGACCAUGGCGACAGGGCCAGAAGAGUAUCUGACCUGAGUGACACUGAAAGUGAUGCCUCUAGUGCAGCUGGUGACUCUGGCAUAGAAGGGGAAGAUGAACGAGAAUCUGCUGCCCGUGCUGCAGCUUCUUGCCGCCGUCAUCUACAAGGACUCCGCCACUCCCUUCGCCAACUUACAGCUGCAGCUGCACACCUCACAAGGUCUUAUCAAGAAGAGGUGGGCGCACCAGUUUAG